UGUUUUCUCUCUCUCCCCUCCCUCUCUCUAUCUGACGUGUCGGGGCUAGCGUUGGGAGAGUUCCUCCACGUUAAUGUUUGAUAGGAGGUUGCACUGAGGGCAGAAGGCAUCGGUUGCUGUUUCUCUCCUCUGUGUCUCACCUGCGUUCGGUGUGUGAUUUUCCCCCCCGUCUCUGUCUCACCUGCGCACGAGGACUGCGUUCCCCGCGUGAAGCCGAGAUUUCGAGGAGAACGAGGGAACGCUGUUCCGGAGGCCAUGGAGGUCCUGGUGCUGGUUGAUUUUGAGGGGACCAUGAAGGACGAGCUGGAGGUGCAUGUGGGGGACGUGGUGAAGAAAGUUACCAAGGCAACCGAGGAGGGCUGGCUGCAGGGGGAGCUGCGGGGGAAGCGGGGGAUCUUUCCCGCCAACUUUGUCAAGGAGGUGCCAGUGUAUUUGAUCGGAGACAGCAAGCGUGAGCCAAGGAGCAUAAGGACAUCGAGGAUGCCGAAACUGCAGACGAGGAAGUGCGAGGUGGCGUUCGCCUACAGCCGCCAGAACGCGGACGAGCUGGAGCUGGCGGUGGGCGACACUGUAGAGAUCAUCAAAGAGAUUGAAGAUGGCUGGUGGUUGGGCUCGAAAAAUGGUGAGGUGGGGGCAUUUCCAUCAAACUUUGUCAAAGAGAUUUUCAUCACCCCAAAAGACGCCAAAAACGAAGGGAAGAGUCGACCGAAGCUGACUGAGGCCCUGUUCAGCAAGGAGGUGAAACAGACGCAGAGGGCGAGUGUGAGGAAGAAGAUCAGCGAUGCGAAGGAAUGCGCCCAGGUGAUGUUCGACUACGCGGGCGUGGCCGAGGACGAGCUGACGAUGAAGAAGGGCGACAUCGUCAAGAUAAUCUCCAAGGAGACGGAGGACGAGGGAUGGUGGGAGGGCGAGCUGAAUGGGAAGCGGGGCUUCUUCCCCGACAACUUUGUGAUGCUGAUUCCGACGGACACUCUGCAAUCCCAGGACAAGAACAAGCCGCCCGCGCGCCGCGACACCCCCCCGACCGCAGCCAAAGGAGAGCCGUCGCCAAUGGAGACUAAGACACGCGAGCCCAGCCCGCCUGCUCCAAAAGAUGAGAAGAUGGACUCCAAAGACCUGAGAAGUGACCCCCCCAACAAGCUGAUGUUGCCAGGCAUGCGGAAGGCCCCCCCUCCACCGGCGAAGCCUCACAAAUAUACACCUAACAAAGCCAAUGGAGAGCUGCCACCCGCGUUGCCAAAAACCACGGAAAAAGACAAAGAUGCAGACCAGCUGAGUGUGGAGGUGUCCACUGAGAAGCUGACACACCCCACGGCCAACAGAGCCAAACCCCCCCAGCGUAGACCCCCAACCUCCCUGGCCGCCGGAGCAGGGGCUGAAGACGGUCUGCUAUGCCCCAAGAGCGCAACUGCCCCAAAACCUGACGAGCCCGACCAGGGGGGGGGCACCCAGCCCCCCAGGCCCACCCACGAGGAGGAGGAACUCCGCGCCGAGGUUCGAGAGCUGAGCAUGGCUCUGGAGCUGCUAAAGAACAGGCAGCAGCUGGACAUCGCGGAGCUGAAGGAGGAGCUGAAAGAAGAGCGAAACAAACGGAUAGCGCUGCAGGAGGAGGUGCAGCUUCUGAAGUUGAAGGGCUUUGUCAACCACUGACACCACCCCCCCCAGAACAAAAUGUACUCAAACCCGAAAACCCAGGAGAGGGAGAAAAGAGAGAAUAAGAAAAGAGCGAGAGAAAAAGAAAUGUGUGAAGGCUGCGAGUCAAGCUGGUGUGAACGUAGAGCGUUUUUAUGUAACACAUAAACAGAGGUGCUUUCCCAAAUACAUGCCAUUGCUGCCUCUGCGUUAAAACCUGAACACACCUGGUGCUCUGGAAACAUCCCUCAGUGCUUCUUCAGAGCUGCCGGGUUCAAGAGGCCAUUUUCAGGGCUUGAGAGACAAGAGUCAUGUGACUGGUCCAAAGACCACAGGUGAAAGUGCAUUUUUAGAUUUAUUUUAUUUUAUUAUUAUUAUUAUUAUUAUCAUCAUUUUUUUGUAUAUUGAUCAAUGUGCAUCCUUCAUUGGGAGUGCAUUGUUCUCUGGUAGACAUAUGGCUACAGUUGUUGAACAUUAAUCAACAUUCUUUUUACCAAACUACUGCACUAUAAUAAAGGUGGGGGGCUAUUAUAUUGAUGAGCUAUCUGCUGUAAACUGAGAAAUAGGAUUCUGUUCUUUUUUUAUUUUAUUCUUAUGUAUUAUUUGCUUUGUGCCUUAAACAUGUACGUUCACAUUGUAAUAUGGACAUAUGUAUUUAGCUGGAAGAAAAGGUCACUGUCCCAGAAUGUAAAAAUAUUUUAUUUUUACAAAAAGAUUUCAGUUCCCAAAA